GCCCUCCGGAGCACUACUUGGAAAGAUUUUCAUAUACUCUCCACUUCAUCCCUAAUUGAUCCGGCUUCACAAUCUCUAUCCUCGCUCAGUGAACUUCUCAACAAGAUGACUCCUAUCCGCUCAUUCAUGCUCAUGGCUGCUCUGGCAUUCUCGAAUGUGGAAGCUUUGGCUGGCUGUCAGAACUCAGUGUACAACGAGACAGUCGCCUACUUCAACAGCGCGCCCGUCACCUUCAGCUUCGAGAUCGCCACCGCCACUGAAUGCCAGAACUGGUGCCGAAAUGUCAAGGCAUGCCAAGCCUGGCUUUAUGUUGACCAAUCAGGCCAGUGUGACUUGCACCGCACCAAAGCACUGAGCCUUUCGGACAACAUUGGCUUCACAUUUGGCGGAUGCGAGCCGAACCCCGAGUCUCGGUUACCUCCAUCUCCCACUGCAUCUCCCACUGCAUCCUCCUCCGCUGCUGCGAGCAAAAAUCAGAUCCCUUCAGAGAGUGCUACCUUGCCCCGUGCGAGGCGUGAAAUCUUUCGCCAUAGACACGAACAUCACCAUUGAGACGUUGCGGUGGAAAUUAUUGUAUUGUGGGAAUUUCGAGGGCAAAGAUUGCAUCAUGACCUGUGCUUAUCAAUGUAUAUGGUCGCAAACAAUUUCCAGGAAGC